AUGUUAUUCACCGCAUCUCUCCAAAGCCCUGGGAAAUGUCCCAAAGACAAUGAAUCCGUGGGCUCUAGCUCUAGCUCGUCUUUUAACAUUGCAUAUCCAUCUUUUGCACCUCCGUCCCAGCUACGCCGGGUCAAGACGGUUUCACAACUCACCAGAUGGAGCUCAGCGAAAAAGAAUCUCAACAAUCUUGAACUCGCGAUCAACACAAGCGCGGGCACUGGUCCUGAGACGAACGGGAGCUUUGACUCCGCCAGGCCUUUGCUGCGCAAUUCAACAACCAGAGCAUCCAAAGCAAUCAACACAAUCGCAGAAGACUUAAAGUCAUCGCCAAACCAAACACCCGAAAAAGCACAGGACAUCCGACUGCGCGAUUCAUAUUCGGCUUUUUGUGAACAGUUCACGAUGUCAGGACCACAGAGACCGAAGAGAAAGUUCGACAUCUCUAUGGAUACGUGCGAGAAAGAAGAGGAGAUUCUAAUCGAUGGAUAUCCCAGGGUCGGUUAUAGCGACUCGCCAAGCGAUGAUCAGAAGAAAGCAAUCCCCGAAUGUCAACAAACCGUUUCCAAGGCUACGAGCAGCAUCGUGCUAGACAGGACAAGGUCCCUUGAAAGUAUCUGCUUGGGCCAAAAUAUUACCCCUUCCAUCAUUCACCCCCAACCACCACCCCAGAUCAUGACGCCGUUGAUAUACCGAGACAUGCAGCAAGCUGCACUCAAGUGCAAGCCAGCGAAAAGAAAGAAAUUACUGGGACCAUUGAGAUCUUUGUUUUCGAAGGCGCAGCCUUUCCGGGCACAUCGGUUGGAUAUCGAGACGUGA